AUGGAAGUUUUCGAAUCGAAAAUCGAAGAGCUAGUGGAUCUCCGUGACGGAUUCUUCGAGAAAUAUCCAAAUGGUACCGAGGCUGAGAGGGUGAAGACAGUGCGGGAGAAGUCUUUACUACUUCUUGAGCAAAGUCUUGAGUUGGAAAGAUCCUCUCGAGCGCUGUACACACUUUCGAUGCUUCUGAGAGCAAAAAUGAUGAAGACUGUCGAUCCCAUUGAAAGAUCCACUCUCCAGAAGUGCUCAUCUCAAUUGGCUUUUGAAGCUGUUGAAAUGGACCCACAGUCUGGUGCUGCGCACUCUUGUUUGGGUAACUCGCUGUUCCUUGAGUUCUUCAACAACGGCCAGGUCAAUCCAGAUCUACUGGUAAGAUAG